UACAUAUAUAAAUUACAAUAAAGUUAACUAUUUAAUUCAUUAAAUACGGAUAUUAAAAGUGUUUAGGCGAAUUCGAUGAGGAGAAGUAGGAAAAUCGACGGUGAAUGAGAUAAUCAAGCGAAUCCAAAAUUAAGAAAUUGACGACGGAUUAUAGGAGAUAUAGUGUGAAAUUGAUUUCAUGCUCAACUCGUUUAAACACCUCCAUAUUCCACUUCUUGAUGACCUCUUUCACUUGUUUAAGCUUCUUUGCACGUUUGAAAAAACCCCCCAAAGCCCCCACAUGAGACCUCCACCAACUAAUAAGCUGAUCCUCGAACUCGUCAUGAUCACUCAACAUAAACUCAAAUCGCCAAGGUCGACAAAUAGUACGAUCUUCCCCACAAGAAAGGAGGAGGGCACAAUGAUCAGAUCCAAUCCGAACAAACGAUUUCAAACAACAAUUGGAAAACUUACUCUCCCAAUUUGGCGAAAUAAGAGUCCGAUCCGAACGAGACAAAGAUGGAUUUUCCUGUUGACUUGACCAGGUGAAUUUAUAACCAAGUAAAGGAAGAUCAAGCAGAGCAAAAUCAUUAAUGAAAUCAUUAAACAAUGUCAUAUCCAUAACAUUCAUUGGAGUUCCAAUGACAUCAUCCUGAGAACAAAUAACGUUAAAAUCUCCUACCACACUACCGGGGAAAUUCCACCAAGUCCAACAAGAAGCUAAUUCUUGAAAAAAGCUCGUCUAUCACCUCUAUCAUUUGGUCCAUAAACAUUGACCAACACCCACUUGAAGCCAUCAUCUCUCUGAGUAAACACCACCACCAAACAAAAUUUUCCAACCCAAAUACCCAAUGACAUUUUAAUUCAUAAACUGGUUUAUCCCAAACCACCAAAAGGCCACCAUAUAAUCCCACUGAUGGUUUGUUAACCCAAGUACCCAACCCAUUCCUUGACGACCACUGAUUGAGCCUAAUAAUGCAGUCUUGACAAUUUUCAAAGCUUGACAAUUUUAAAGCUUUGUCUGAUUUUCUAUUAUAUGCUAUACACUUAACUCAAUUUCAUUACUCAAGUAAUCCUUUUCAUUCUUGGGGUCGUCAUUUUGGAUGAUGAAUUUUAACAACGAGAAAUUUGUGCCCAAAGCUCUCGUUUAAAAUGCCUGAAAAUUUAUACGCGGGAUUUAUUAAAAUAACGCAUUUGAAAAUAAAUGAGAUUUCUCAUAAACGGGUUAAAAAAAACUAAUUUAUCCAUAUUCCUCAAUGCUUGACUGAAAAACCUUUGCCAAUGUUGUAAGCCAACACUCAAGAAUCGCUAGUCGAGGCUCAAAUCCUACGCAUCCAUAACCAUAAUUAACGGAUGCUUAAGACAUGAGUUUUGUGUUUUGGUUGAAAACUAAAGACUUCAUUUCUUAGGCACUCAACAUUCCUCCAUCAAGAGUUCAAUAUCUCCACUUACGAACAUGCAUUCAUUAAAAUCUUAGGUGAAAGUUGGAUCCCUUAGUUUUGAUCGUGUUUUCUUCCGGCAUUUCCUUUGGCUUCUGUUGGUCGGAUCAGGUGGCUCCUCUUCUCUGCUGCUGCUGGUUUCUAUCAGACGGGACAUCUCCUUUAAUUUGGUGGUUGUUGCAUGCUUUUUGGCUUUCUGAGUGUCUCUUGUUAUGGUUUUGCCCACGGUGUGUAGUAGUCCUGAAAGUGUUUGUGGGGGUUAAUUGUUACCUGUGCGGUUGGUUUGAACUGCAGGUCCUUUUUUCCUUAGUUUCUUUUUUGUUGUUCGGCUUCUGUUUGGGAUGGUGUUUCAUCUCCCUGAAGGCUUUUCACUUCUUGUGAGGCCUUCUUUGUACAAUACUCUCUGUUUUCCCUUCUUUUUUCAGUUUAAUGCAUUUCUCACCCUUAUAAAAAAAAAAAAGACUUACAAGACUCAUAAACUUACAGUUGGGUACUUUGAUUAGGAACAUCGGCCAAUAAUCUCAAUCAAGGUCAAAUAGUUAAAUGAAAGCAAAUUGUUUUAAGUAUUCAAAAUCCAGCAGUAUAAAUCAUCAAGCAAAUUCAUAUGGCCAACAAACUGGUACAAAGUAGUCUAAUUUAUUAGCAUUGACUAUAACCCAUCUCAAUAAUAAAUCUCCAACUCGAUUGUUUUGAAGGAAAACUUCAAUUUAUUGGAGGAGGCCAAAAUGGAUGUUUGGGGCGAUAAAUCCCUAGAAAACUCAUUACAAAACCUAUGUGGAAAUGAAGAAUAUACAAAACCUAUUAGAGAAGGCUAAAAUGGAUGUUUGUGGCGAUAAGUCCAUAGAAAACUCAAUAAUAUAAACCUAUUUGGAAAUGAAGAAUACACAGAACCUAUUGGAGGAGGCUAAAAUGGAUGUUUUUGGCGAUAAAUCCCCAGAAAACUCAAUAAUACAAAGCCUAUUUGGAAAUGAAGAAUGUAGCAAGAUGUUCAGAUAACUUAAAUAUUAUGGUACAAAUUGAACUUGUAUCAUAAUAUAAUGGUACAAACUGAAUUUGUAUCUUUAAUUCCUAUCUCUUUAUUGAUGAUCAGAUGCUUGCUUUUUUCUUGCGUACUUGUUCUCUUGAUAUUAUUUAUACAACUAUAAAUUUUGAGCCAAUCAGGUAUCAUCGCCUGUCAAACUACUUAUUCAUUUCCAAUAAGAACUAGACAUGCGUUUCAUAUCCCCAUGUGCUUGGGGAUACCGUUUGAUCCGUGAAUCCAGUCACCUUCCUUUAGGACAUUACUCAGCGAUAGAGAAAAAUAAUGUUACGAUACAAAUUUUAUUUAGACCUCAAAAUACCAAUACUUUAGAAUAUAGUAGAAUUACUCAAAUAAUAGCUUCUCAAGUCAGGUUCAUGUUAAAUGGGGGGUUUUGUCCCCUUACAAAGUUAAUUUAAUUCAUGGGAUGGAAAGGGAAGGUUGAUCACAUGUGAGGUAAUUUUGGAAGAGGAAAAUCAAGUCACUCUUUUGUUUCUUUUUCGUCCAGACUUAUUACAAUACCACAUUUCUUUUAAUUCGAAUUUUGAAUUUUACUAAGCUACUCUUUUAAUUCGAAUUUUGAAUUUUACUAAGCUACGAAAAAGUAUUAUAUGUUACAAUACAUGUUCCUCUAAUCAAAAGUCUUUUUAUUUGAUCUUAAAUGAGUUAAUGUGUGAAUAAUUUCGCCUCUUCGCUAUGAAUUAGACCAGAUCAUUCUUAACCGUCUACGUCCCGAAUCAAACUAUGCUAUCCUAUUUGUCGAUAUACUAUUUUUUUAUAAAUGGUAUAGUAUGUCUUUUAUGAUCUAUUACAUGAUUAUCUUUUGUAAAAAAAAUAAAAAAAUCCAAUGGGAGGAGGCUAAAAAGGAUGUUUGGGGCGAUAAAUCCCUAGAAAACCCAACAAACAUGAAAUACACCCUGUUCGGAAAUGAAGAAUACCCAAAGCAAGAUGGGCCAAACUGCUACAACAAAUAUAUUCAAAAAGGCCCAAACCAAAGAACAGAAAAGAGACGUAGUUAUAACACCACCACCCCACCUUAUUUUCCGACUAUAAAUAAACCCUACAUUCACCCGCCCUAAACAAGCACCAAUUAAUCACACAAAUCAGUGAUCUGAUCAUAUCCAUGGAUCAGCUCGGAGCAGUCCACAGGAAACUGCUUGCUACGGUGGGUUUGGCGACCAUCCUCCUCCUCAUCGUAAUCAUGGCACCACCCUCGACCUGCGAAACCACGACUCACAUCACCAACAAGCUAAGCAGCGGGGUGCUGACGGCGCAUUGCGGAUCCAGAAAGGACGAUUUUGGCACCCACACUCUCGCCGUCGAUGAGGGCUUCGGCUGGAGCUUCACGGAAUCGUUUGGGACGCUCUUCUGGUGCUACCUCGAGGCGGAAGGCUACCGUCUUCAUUUCGACGCGUACGAUGGAGGGCACGAGAACAAGUUCAGCGAGCAGUGGGAGGUCCGUGAUGAUUGUGUUCAUGGGAAGCAGGUGAAUACUGGCGAGGAGCUUGUUCUCGGUGUCUGGACACCAAUUCAAUAACGAAUUGUGCACCUUGUAACAACUUAUAAUCAGUCAUCGUUGUUUGUUACAUGUACAAUGUGUAACAAAUUCUAUAAAAAAAAGAAAAAACUAGUAUGUAAGGCAGGUUAUGCAAGCUCCCCCCAAUGACAUGAUUCAAAUCUCUGGUAAGAAUUUAUUUUUUUAGCCCUCGUUUAUAUUUCGGACGGAUCCGCCGUUGCUUAUAAAUUAUUGAAUUUGUGCACAACGGAUAAAUGCGAUGGAAAAGGCUCCAUCCAUUAGGGGAUGGGUAUACAGUCCGGUCCGGUUAAAUUGAUCCAAAUUGAUCCGGUUCUGGUCCGGUCUUCUCGCGAAUAUAAGGACCAAAAAUUGGAUUGGAUACGGUCUGGUCUUGAACUUGUGGGAUUUGAGUGGUCUGAGGGGGAAUUUGAGUUGCCUAAGGCCUAUAAGGGUGAGGAGAUUAAAUUUUGGGUGUUGGGCUCUCUUAUCCGGUUUUCGUCCCGGUCCCAAACGGUUUUUUUACCUCAAAUCUAGACUCGAAAAUUGGAUUGGAUGAGAUUGUUUGCUAUUCGAUCCCGGUCCUGUCUCGGUCCGAGUUAUACGAUCGGGUUUCGGGUAAAAUAAAAAAGCCCGUACCAAAUAGCCAGCCUUACCAUCCAUAGGUUUUAAAAUAAUUUUCAACUGGUAUACAUGAAAAGAAGCUGAGUUUAAGCCAUAUACUAUUAGUCUAUAACACAGCCAAUGAUAUAUAACUUACCCGUGGCUAAUGAUCAUAGUUUAAUUUAAUGCUGAAGUGGAAAUUACCAGAAGGAAAUACAUAUUAAUACAAGUAACAGUCUGUCAAGCUAGCGUCGGGAAGAGGUGUGCAAUGGUUCGGUCCGUACAUGACUACCAAAUCGGUGUUUGGAUCGGAUCGUAUCGAGUAUAAUAAGGUCCGGUUCUUGGUUAUAUGCAUUUCAUAGUUACUAAAGAAAACAUGGACGUAAUUGAUAUUUGGACCGGACCAAACCGGAUCAAAUAGAUCGAAUGCAGUGAUUGUUCAGUUCUUAAUUCUAAAAUAUAUUUCACUAAUAGACCGCGGUUCUCACAAUUUUGAUCUGGUCCAAACCGAGCCGCAUUGUUUUCAACUUGAAAUUCAAAUGACAUCUAAACAUUUGAUUAUUAUAAUUUUUUUUAGAAGUUUGGAUACCACAAUGUAAAUUUUCAAAAAAAUUCCAUUAUCUUCUUGAUUAUAAGAUAUUUGAUAUAUGUAAAUUUUAGAGAUUUUGAAAUCUCUAAACUUAAAAUUCACCAAAGAAAAAAUAACAAAAAAACUUAACUUUCUCAAAUCUACAACUUCAAUAAAUCCAUUACUGAGACCCUUUUCCCCAAGCCAUCCCACAGAGUGACAAGAUAAAUAAUUUUUGAAUGUUGAAAGAGUGUAAUGAAAGCAAAUUGUCUCA